AUGUCCCACCAGUUCCUCUUCAGCCACACUGCCGACUUUCUCUUUAGCGUCUGUCACAGCAUCUGCAAGGGUGGGGCUGAGCUCUUCCUUCCCAUCCCUGUGCCCAGGUCAGAGCACUCGCCAGGCAACCAGUUUGAGGCCAUGGAGAUCCAGGCACGUCUGUCUUACACGGUUCAACGUGACUGUCACACGUGCUUAUCCCGUUGCCUUCUAGCUCGGUCGCCUGAGAAAGUCAAAGAAAGAACCCCAGUAAAGAAGAUCAUCAUUUCCUUGAAGAUCAAUGACCCCCUGGUCACUGAAGUCGCCUUCGCCACGGCCCUGAAGAACCUCUACAUGAGCGAGGUGAAGAUGGACAUGGACGACGUGCUGGGGGUCCUGGCUUCCGCUCACAUUCUCCAGUUCAGCAGCCUGUUUCAGAGGUGUGUGGCCAUGAUGAUGAGCGGACUCACUCCAAGCACCAUCAAGAACUUUUACCUGGCCGGCUGCAAGUACAAGGAGGAGGAGCUCACCACCGCCUGCGAGAAGUGGCUGGAAAUGAACUUGGUCCCUCUGGUGGGGACACAGAUCCACUUCCGCAAAAUCCCGCAGAAGCUGCUCCACAAAGUGCUGAAGUCCCCCAGCUUCCCCAAGAAUUGCUCCUUUCUGGAUGGGGACACCGGCCAGAGCUUGAUGCCGCUUUUCCUGUGCCUGCACCUGCAUGGCAUCACCAAAGGCAAAGAUCUGGAGGAGUUAAAGCACAUUAACCUCUUCCCAGAGUCCUGGCUGGUCAGAGUUAUGGCCAACCAUUACCACGCACUGGAGAAUGGGGGUGACAUGGCCCAUGUGAAAGAUCUUACCACCCAGUCUGUGAGAUUUGGGCUGCUCUUUAACAAGGAGUAUACAACUUAUUCAGAAAUGAUUGCCAUAUACGGAUUCUUCUUUGAAAUAAAGGGACUCAAACAUGACACUACCUCUUACAGUUUUUACAUGCAGAGAGUAAAGCACACGGACUUGGAGUGUCCCUCCUCGGCCUGCGAGCAAGGGCCCAUUAGCCUGAGAGCAGAACGCUUGGUGACAUACGAGAUCAGAGCCCAGGCCCUGGUGGACAGCAGGUGGCAGGAGUUCAGGACGAGCCAGAUCACACAGAAGUUCGGGUUCGUCAAGCCAUCCCGCAAGAGCCGUGUGUUAAAAGUCCAAACUGUGGGUAUCCCAGUCUAUGCAAGUUUCUCAUUCAUCUUCCCAGUAUCUUGACAGUUCCAGAAGAAUCUACAGGAUUUUUUUUUCUGUCACCAGUCUGCAUAAAAGAAAAUAAAAUGAUAUGAAGGGGACUACUCAACUAUUCAGCUGACUUUCUUGGUUCAAAUGGUCUCAUUAGAACUUUUGCCCACUGUCUUAGUACAUUUGGGAUGCUAUAAUAAAAUACCUCAGACUGGGGUGGUUUAUAAAGAACACAAAUUUAUUAUGGUUCUGGAGGCUGGAGCCCAAGAACAAGAUGGUGGUGGAUUCAGAUGCCUGAUGAGAGCCCUCUUUGGUGUGUAGACAGGUGUCUUCUCGCUGUGUCCUCACAUGGUGGGGGGCACCAGGAAGCUCUCUGGGGCCUCUUUUGUAAGGACUCUAAUCCCAUUCGAGAGGCUCCACCCCUAAUGCCAUCACCUUUGGGGGUUAGGUUUCAACAUGAAUUCUGAGGAGACACAUUCAGACCAUAGCACCUGCAUUUGUACUUUUGAGGAUGGGGAGUACCAGACCUGAGUCCACUUGCCAUCACUGGUUC